CAAUAGUAGGGGCUUAACAUUGGCAGCUAAGUAGUGUCUGGUUAAUAUAAAUCAUAAAGGAUAAAGCUUUCUGCGUGUCGCGGAUAAACUCGGAUGUUAUGAGUUACUCGGCAACUGUUUUCCAGACUGAGGAUAAACGUAUUUAGUGGAUAUUUCGUUGUUUGUUUGUUUUUUUGUGCGGCUAUCUAACGUUAGCUUGUUAGCUAGCUGGCGUUAAACGUCAUUUAGGCAAUACUCUGCUAGCGUAGCUUUGCACUGGAAUUUGUUUGCGUGUUUGGCAGCUUUAGUUGCUAAAAUCGACCGAGUUUUUACCCAGAGACGACACGUUUCUGCUUUGCUAGGCGUGUGCGAGUUUAUUUAUGCCACAUGUAGCGUGACUCAACGGUAACUGAAUGUUUGGUGAUAGAAAUAGCAGCAGCUACAGCUAGCAGAUUGUUAGCCUGUCAACAUCAACAACAAUGGGCUGCAAAAGAUAUUUAAAGACAAGAACCUUUUAUUUUUUGACUAUCCUGCUGAUUGUCUUCGUCAAAGGAAUAAUAGCCGACGAAGAGCAACACGGGAAUGACGGUCCAGAGUUAAAGUCUUACCAUGACCCAGACUCUGAAGAGGAAGACGUUCGUCUGGCGUCGGAAAUUGCAGCUGGUGCUUCUGUGACAUCUGGUCAUGAAGCCUCACCGCCAGAAGAAGUGAAAAAUCUACCUGGGGACGGACUGGAGGGAGAGGAGAAGGAGGACCUGCCCGAGCAGCCUCCUCCAGUCGAGGAGAAACCUAAAGAGGUUCCUGUGGUGAAUGGAGGUACAGCCCACGGAGAGCCCUGCAUCUUCCCGUUCCUCUUCCAGGGGAAGGAGUACUCGGACUGUACCACUGAUGGACGGGGGGACGGACGGCUGUGGUGCGCUACAACCUAUGAUUAUGACCAGGAGAAGAAGUGGGGUUUCUGUGAGACGGAGGAGCAGGCACAGCAGAGACUGCAGGCAGAGGAGGCUGAGGAGCAAUAUCAGACUGUGCUGCGCAUGCUUAAUGCCACCACCAGGAGGACCCAGAAGAAAGAAUUAUACGAAAAGCUGCAGAAAGUAGCAGAGAAAGGCCAUCAGAAAGCCAUGGAGAAGGUGGCGUACGCCAUGCUGUUUGGAGACUACAUGAACCAGAACGUCACUAAGGCCAAAGAAAUGUUUGAGAAGCUCGCCAUGGAGGGCUCGCCGAAAGCACAGACGGCUCUCGGCUUUCUGUAUGCAGCAGGACUUGGAGUUAACUCGAGUCAGGCUAAGGCCUUGGUUUACUACACCUUCGGCGCACUGGGUGGAAACUUGGUUGCUCAUAUGAUUCUGGGUUACAGAUACUGGGGAGGUGUUGGCGUUCCCCAGAGCUGCGAAUCAGCGCUAACUCACUACAGGCUCGUGGCAAAUCAGGUGGCCAGUGAUGUGUCUCUGACGGGGGGCUCAGCGGUGCAGAGGAUCAGGCUGCUGGAUGAGGUGGAGAAUCCGGGAUCUACCAGCGGGAUGUUGGAGGAGGACUUGAUCCAGUACUAUCAGUUUCUGGCUGAGAAAGGAGACGUACAAGCUCAGGUGGGAUUAGGUCAGCUACACCUGCAUGGAGGACGUGGAGUAGAACAGAAUCAUCAGAGGGCGUAUGACUACUUCACCCAGGCUGCAAAUGCAGGGAACACACACGCUAUGGCUUUCCUCGGCAAGAUGUACUCAGAAGGCAGCGAGUAUCUCCCUCAGAACAACGAGACAGCCCUGCAGUACUUCAAGAAGGCCUCUGACUUGGGGAAUCCAGUGGGACAGAGUGGUCUUGGCAUGGCCUACCUGUAUGGAAGAGGUGUGCCUGUGAACUAUGAGCUGGCACUGAAAUACUUCCAGAAGGCAGCAGAGCAGGGCUGGGUGGACGGACAACUCCAGCUGGGCACCAUGUAUUACAAUGGCAUUGGUGUGAAACGAGAUUACAAGCAGGCACUGAAAUUCUUCAACCUGGCCUCACAGGCGGGUCACAUCCUGGCGUUCUACAACCUGGCCCAGAUGCAUGCUACUGGUACCGGUGUGAUGCGCUCCUGCCACACUGCUGUGGAGCUUUUCAAGAACGUGUGUGAACGUGGUCGCUGGUCAGAACGUCUCAUGACGGCCUACGGCAGCUUUAAGGAGGGUGAGACGGACGCUGCGCUGGUCCAGUAUCUGCUGCUGGCUGAGCAGGGCUACGAGGUAGCCCAGAGCAACGUGGCCUUCAUUCUGGACCAGAAAGGAGCGAAGAUCUUCAGUGAGAAUGAGACCUAUCCUCGCGCUUUACUCCACUGGACAAGAGCUGCAGCACAAGGUUACACUGUGGCGAGGAUAAAACUAGGGGACUACCACUUCUACGGCUACGGGACAGAUGUGGACUAUGAGACGGCUGUCAUUCACUACAGACUGGCGUCAGAGCAGCAGCACAGCGCGCAGGCCAUGUUUAACCUGGGAUACAUGCACGAGAAGGGUCUGGGCAUCAAACAGGACAUCCAUUUAGCCAAGCGUUUCUACGACAUGGCUGCUGAAGCCAGUCCCGAUGCCCAGGUCCCAGUCUUCCUGGCUCUGUGCAAGCUGGGCCUGAUUUACACUCUGCAGUACCUGCAGGAUCUUAAUUUAAAGGAGCUGAUUUCUCAGGUGGACCUGGACCAGCUCUUGGGCCCGGAGUGGGACCUCUACCUCAUGACCGUCAUCGCCCUGCUGUUAGGCACCGUCAUCGCCUACAGGCAGCGCCAACACCAAAUCAUAGUUCCCCCUCGCCCUCCUGUCCCCACCCCGGCGCCCCCUCCCAGACCGCCUCAGGAACAAACGCAAGCCCCGGCCGAGCCCCAGGGUCAGGGAGAAACACAAGCCCAAGGCGCGGCCCAGGAGGAAGAGGAGCAGCAGUGAGAAGAAGCCAGACGGAGCGAGGGCAGCGAAAGACAGACAGGAGGCUCUGCCAGCCCGCCCCACAGAGCAGCCGGCGCUCACCAGCUGAAUACCUGCUAGUUUGAGCACCUCUCUGGCUCCUCAUGCUAAAAGAAGAUGGCUGCUGAGCUGUGCAGUCUCACAACUCCCUUUCUCCAUUAAAAAAAAAAAAAAAAAUGUUGGUCCUGUGCUGAAGACAGACAGUGUGGGCAUUUGUAGACAAUGGCGCAGAGUGUUGAGAGGAAAACACAGACUUGGGACUUGCUAGUCUGUGACUCAGGAUACUGCCAGAAGCACCUGUGUCCUCAGAGUGGAAAUAGCCUUGUGUUUGCCAGAUCAAAUGCAUUUUUUUUGGACUUGACUAAUCAACAUAGUCAACAUAGUUGGACUUUAAUAUGUGCAUUAGUUUCUUCUCACUUUCCCUUUUUGAGAAAAUCACACAGUGGAACUGCCUCAAUCCUAAUUUAGUGCAGUAUUUAGAAAAAAAAAAAAGAAACAGGCAGGAAAAUGAGAAUUAAAGUAAUUGUUUUGCGA